AUUUUUGGUGUUGCUGUAUACACUGGAAUGGAAACUAAAAUGGCAUUAAAUUACAAAAGCAAAUCACAGAAGCGAUCUGCAGUAGAAAAGUCAAUGAAUACAUUUUUGAUCAUUUAUCUAAUAAUCCUUAUUUCUGAAGCCAUCAUCAGCAUUAUCUUGAAAUAUACAUGGCAAGCUGAAGAAAAAUGGGAUGAGCCUUGGUAUAACCAAAAAACAGAACAUCAGAGAAAUAGUAGUAAGAUUCUGAGAUUUAUUUCAGACUUUCUUGCUUUUCUGGUACUCUACAAUUUCAUCAUUCCAAUUUCAUUAUAUGUCACGGUUGAAAUGCAGAAAUUCCUUGGGUCAUUUUUUAUUGGUUGGGAUCUUGAUCUUUAUCAUGAAGAAUCAGAUCAGAAAGCUCAAGUCAAUACUUCUGAUCUCAAUGAAGAGCUUGGACAGGUGGAAUACGUGUUUACAGAUAAAACGGGUACACUGACAGAAAAUGAGAUGCAGUUUCGAGAAUGUUCAAUUAAUGGCACAAAAUAUCAAGAAAUCAACGGUAGACUUGUACCUGAAGGACCAACACCAGAUUCUCCAGAAGGAAAUUUAUCUUAUCUUAGCAGUUUAUCUCAUGUUAACAAUUUUUCCCAUCUUGGAACCAGUUCCUCUUUCCAAACCAGUCCUGAAAAUGAUGCUGAACUGAUUAAAGAACAUGAUCUCUUCUUUAAAGCAGUCAGUCUCUGUCACACGGUGCAGAUCAGCAGUGUUCAAACCGAUGGCAUUGGUGAUGGUCUCUGGCAGUCCAGCCUGGCCCCAUCCCAGGUGCAGUACCAUGCCUCUUCCCCAGAUGAAAAGGCACUAGUGGAAGCUGCUGCACAAAUUGGUGUUGUAUUUGUCGGCAAUUCUGAAGAAACUAUGGAAGUUAAUACCCUUGGAAAACUGGAAAGGUACAAACUGCUUCAUAUCCUGGAAUUUGAUUCAGAUCGUAGGAGAAUGAGUGUAAUUGUUCAGGCACCUUCAGGUGAAAGGCUUUUAUUUGCUAAGGGAGCUGAAUCAUCUAUUCUCCCCAAAUGUAUAGGAGGAGAAACAGAAAAAUGAGAAUUUAUGUAGAUGAAUUUGUUUUGAAAGGACGAAGAACUCUAUGUUUAGCCUAUAGAAAAUUUACACCAAAAGAAUAUGACGUAAUAGACAGAUGCCUGUUUGAAGCUAGGACUGCCCUGCAGCAGCGGGAAGAGAAGUUGGCAGAUGUCUUCCAGUUUAUAGAGAAAGACUUGGUAUUACUUGGAGCCACAGCAGUGGAAGACAGACUACAAGAUAAAGUUUGAGAAACUAUUGAAGCAUUGAGAAUGGCUGGCAUCAAAGUGUGGGUGCUCACUGGAGAUAAACAUGAAACAGCUGUUAGUGUGAGUUUAUCAUGUGGACAUUUUCAUAGAACCAUGAACAUCCUUGAGCUUACAAACCAGAAGUCAGACAGUGAAUGUGCUGAGCAGUUACGGCAGCUUGCCAGAAUUACAGAGGAUCAUGUAAUUCAGCACGGGCUAGUAGUGGAUGGAACCAGCCUGUCUCUUGCACACAGGGAGCAUGAAAAGCCAUUCAUGGAAGUUUGCAGAAAUUGUUCAGCUGUGUUAUGCUGUCGUAUGGCGCCAUUGCAGAAAGCAAAUGUAAUAAGACUAAUAAAAAUCUCCCCUGAGAAACCUAUUACCCUGGCUGUUGGGGAUGGUGCUAAUGAUGUCAGUAUGAUACAAGAGUCAAAUGUUGGAAUAGGAAUCAUGGAUAAAGAAGGACGACAGGCUGCAAGGAAUAGUGACUAUUCAAUAGCUAGAUUUAAAUUUCUCUCCAAAUUACUUUUUGUUCAUGGUCAUUUUUAUUAUAUUAGAAUAGCAACCCUUGUAUAGUAUUUUUUUAUAAGAAUGUGUGUUUUAUCACACCCCAGUUUUUAUAUCAGUUCUACUGUUUGUUUUUUCAACAAGCAUUGUAUGACAGCAUGUAUUUAACUUUAUACAAUAUUUGUUUUACUUCCCUACCUAUUCUGAUAUAUAGUCUUUUGGAACAGCAUAUAGACCCUCAUAUAUUACAGAACAAACCUACCAUCUAUAGAGACGUUAGUAAAAAUCGUCUCUUAAGCAUUAAAACAUUUCUUUAUUGGACCAUCCUGGGUUUCAGUCAUGUCUUUAUUUUGUUUUUUUGGAUCCUAUUUUCUAAUGGGAGAAGACACAUCUCUGCUUGGAAAUGGCCAGAUGUUUGGAAACUGGACAUUUGGCACUUUGGUCUUCACAGUCAUGGUUAUUACAGUGACAGUAAAGAUGGCUUUGGGAACUCAUUUUUGGACAUGGAUCAAUCAUCUUGUUACCUGGGGAUCUAUUAUAUUUUAUUUUGUAUUUUCUUUGUUUUAUGGAGGGAUUCUCUGGCCAUAUUUGGGCUCCCAGAAUAUGUACUUUGUAUUUAUUCAGCUCCUGUCAAGUGGCUCUGCUUGGUUUGCCAUAAUUCUUAAGGUUGUCACAUGUCUCUUUCUUGAUAUCGUAAAGAAGGUAUUUGACUGACAGCUCCAUCCUACAAGUACUGAAAAGGCACAGCUUACUGAAACAAAUUCAAGUAUCAAGUGCGUGGACUCCCUGUGCUGUUUCCCAGAAGGAGAGGCAACGUGCACAUCUGUUAGAAGAAUGCUGGGAUGAGUUACAGGAAGAUGUAGUCCCGCCCCCCUCAGCAGAUCAUGGAGUGCCUUGGAUCCUUUCUAUACCAACGACAGGAGCAUCUUGACUCUCUCCACUAUGGACUCACCUACCUGUUAAAGGGUCAGUAGCACUCUGUGGGAGCCAUUUCACCUGCCAGGCUAAAAUUCAGUAUUGGCCAUCCUGUGAAUGGCCACACUUGCUCUGAAAUCUCUUGCUGAAACUUCAAGUAGUUCAUCCCCACACAGAGUUAAAGUGACAAACAAACAAAACAUUAACGUGAAUCCCUCGUAUUCCACCUUGACCUUCAACGUGUCACAGUGUGUGAAUAAAGAGACAGUUCCUGUCUCUGUCUGGAUUUGUCCCUUGUGCUUGAGGGACUCCUAAUGGCAUUUCAGGAUGUUGCUGAGGCCACUUUAUUUUAAUAUCAAGAAAGUGGAAAAAAAUAACUUAUGUGUAUUUUUUAGUGUUAGCUUGGUUAUUGGCUAUUUAAAUCUGCUUCUAUAAAUUAUUCUGAAAGUUUGUCUCAAGAACUCUGUUUUUUUAAUUAGAGUUAUAUUUGAAGAUUUCAUGAGAAAAGUGAACAUGAAUGGUAAGGAAUUUUGGUCCCUCCCUGGCCUGUAUUGUUGAUUCAGUAGCCUUUGUAAGUUAGCAGACGAAUAUAGAAGAACGCAUUUCCAACCAUUUUUUACUACAGUCUGGGCAGUCAAUUUAUACUGAUAAAUUUCUCAACAAGCACUGUAACACAGCCACAAAAGCGAAAAUCAUAUAAAUGCAAGGGAUAUAGACUCUCUUAUAUAGAAAUCAGGAAUCAGGUCCAGUCACCAGAUUUCAAAUUGAUGUUUACUAUUUUUGUGAUAGAAUAUGAAGAACCCAUAGUGGGCAAAUUGGAAACCCUUAGCAUAUUAUUAAUUUAAUGUGUUAUCAUUGAAUCUUUUGCAUGCUCUAAGUAUCUAAACUUGCUUUAUUUUCUUUAUCUGGAGUUUCUGUUCCUUUCAUGAUAAUGUAAAGUUCAA